AGAUUUCGAAUGGACUACAUGUGGGCACACGCUUAUAAGACCUUCUAUAGAUUGCACGAUAUGGCCACCGAUUGGCACGAAGCCCGACAAAUGUGUGAAGCGGAAGGCACAACAUUACUCAUCCCCAAUACACUGGACGAAAUGGAGAACUUGAAACUUCUGAUGAGUAAUAUGAAGGCGCAUUAUACCGCUAUAUUUGUUGGAAUACACGACAAAUUUUCAGCUGGCAAUUAUGUUACUGUCAAAGGGGAGCCGAUAACUGGUACAAUUUUAGAGUUUCUUUGGGCUGAAGGUCGCCCAGAUAACGUCAAUGGAUCGGAACAUUGCAUCGUCAUGACCAGAGAAGGUCUAUUUGAUGAUCGUCCUUGCACCGACAUUUAUCCAUUUGUAUGUAAAAUACUAGCAAAUGAAACAAUGUACAAUGAUGAAUGCGAUAAUUUUGACGUAGGAUAUACGACCCAUCAAACAAUAAGUGGUAAAUGUUAUAAAUUUCACUCUGAACCGCUGUCUUGGCAUGACGCCUACUUGGCUUGUAAAUUGGAAGAAGGACAUUUAGCUAUAAUCAAUUCAGCAAAAGAAGCGUCUAUAGUAGCCGGUUUUCUCGGCGAACAUUUAAACAGUAACAUUCCAGACCCUAACAUUUUGUAUCUUGGUUUUAGUGAUCUGAUGUUUCCUUACCAAUAUAGAACUAUUAGAGGUCAAACCCUUGACGAAGCUGGCUAUGCAUCGUGGAGCCCGAUGAAAGAAGGCUUAAAACAAACGAAACUUAAACGGUGCGGUGCUAUUUCUAGAACUGGGUUUCUUGAAAUGACGUUUUGCGAUCGACCGGCAAUGUUCCUUUGUGAAAAAAUUAUUAAUUCAACCGCAAAAGUGUCUUAG